ACUAAAGAAAAAGAUGCAAAGAAGAGUUCAACAAGAGGAAUUUGAAGAAAGUGAUGUCCUUCAUAGCCAUAUUCUGAAGUACAUCCAGUUCUGUACAAUGAUCAAGAACAAUGAGCUCAGAAAAAAAGAGAAAGCCCUCAGAGGUGCUGUUGAAGAGGUCAACAGCCUCCUUGAAACCUAUGCCUUACAUGCUGUGGAUAAAGGUGAGAAAUUUUCAGAGUUAUGCGCCAAAAUGGGAAUUUGGAUGCUCAGAGCUUACGAUCUGAUAGACAUACUGUACCAGGAAGAUAUCCAGAAGUUCAUCACGAAGAAGCUGUGUGAGACCAGUCAGUCUCUCUUGAUAGACUUAAUCAAGCACAUAACUGAUAAUGCUUACUCCAAUUGUUUGGAUAGCAAGGACAAGAACAGCGUCAAGAAGGACGGAGGCUUCCUCUAUGUCUUCUCUAACGGAAAGAUCGCUGGGUAUAACAACUUUAUGUAUAAGCACAGAUACAUUUUUACAAGUGAUGAAGAGAAGUUCUUUCUCUUUAAGGACUUCUCAGAAGUCAAUUCUAACUGGAAGGGAUUUGACCUUGACAAAACUGAGGUUUACCAGUAUAUAACUCCAAACCCAGACAUUCAGGAUAUGAAUAGAGAGGAAUAUGUCAUAAAUAUGUCUUCCUCACCAGUCCAUUUCCAAGUCUGAGUCGAAAUGGAUGGUGAUAGUAAGAUUGAGAAGAUUCAGGUAAGUUUUAUAACCCUAAGUGACACUCUUUGGUUGCCUAGCCCUCUUUAAACUUCUCUUUAGGGGUACAGAAUCAACAUAAAAAUUGAAUAAACUCUUAAAUAUUGAAACUUUCAAUGAAUUAUUAGU